AUGCCAUAUUCUUACUCGAAAAACUUCUUCCGACGCUUUUGCGUCGAGGAUUUUCGCAUGUCUGCCGAGACGCAGAGCGGCUUCUUCUCCAACGACCUCAUACCUUCAUUAGGCGCUCGAAUCAACCGAGCCACCAAGCUCCGAAAACGCGUAAUUUCUCCAUUCAACCCUCGUUACAGGGCAUGGCAAAUGUUUCUAGUUCUCAUGGUUGUGUACUCAGCUUGGAUCAGCCCAUUCGAGUUCGCAUUCUUACCGUACAAACAAAACGGCCUCUUGGUAACCGAUAGCAUUGUCGACACUUUCUUUGCAGUCGACAUUAUUCUUACUUUCUUCGUCGCGUAUUUGGACAACGAGUCGUACCUUUUGGUCGACGAUCAUAGGAAAAUUGCAGUAAGGUAUCUUUCGACAUGGUUCGCCUUCGAUGUCUGCUCGACCUUGCCUUUUCAGUCCCUAAGCCGCCUCUUCACGUACAACAAUGGAGGCUUGGGGUACAAGCUGCUGAGCAUGCUCCGGCUGUGGCGGCUCAGGCGGGUCAGCUCGUUGUUCGCGCGUCUCGAGAAGGAUAUCCGGUUCAACUACUUUUGGACCAGAUGCACCAAGCUCGUCUCCGUUACUCUAUUUGCGGUGCAUUGCGCCGGGUGCUUCAACUACCUAAUCGCAGACAGGUAUCCGGAGCCGGAGAGGACGUGGAUAGGGGCAGUAUACCCGGGUUUCAAGCAGAUGAGCCUAUGGGACCGUUACGUGACGGCCAUCUAUUGGUCGAUUGUGACACUGACGACGACAGGCUACGGAGACUUGCACGCAGAGAAUCCACGAGAGAUGUUGUUCGAUAUUUUCUACAUGCUCUUCAACUUGGGCCUCACGGCCUACCUCAUUGGGAACAUGACCAACCUCGUGGUCCAUUGGACUAGCCGCACCAGAACAUUUAGAGACUCCAUUCGAGCAGCAUCAGAAUUUGCUAAAAGAAAUCAGCUGCCCCCAAGAAUACAAGACCAACUUUUGUCCCACAUCUGUCUCAAAUUCAAAACAGAAGGGUUAAAACAGCAAGAGACCAUCAAUGGCCUGCCGAAAGCCAUUCGCUCGAGCAUCGCUCAUUACCUAUUUUACCCCGUCGUUCAAAAUGUUCAUCUCUUUCAGGGAGCAUCACAGGAUUUCCUCUUACAGCUGGUUCCGGAAAUGGAAGCUGAGUACUUCCCCCCAAGAGAAGACGUGCUGUUACAGAAUGAGGCUCCAACAGAUGCAUAUAUUCUGGUCUCAGGAGCAGUGCAUCUCAUAAUCUUUAGUUCUCUAAUGCAAACACAGAUCGUGGGGAAAGGUUCGGCCGGUGACAUUUUUGGGGAUAUCGGUGUCUUAUGUGGAAAACCCCAGCCGUUUGGGGUCCGAACGACCGAAAUUUCUCAAAUACUAAGGCUGAAUAAGAACACUUUCCUAAAUAUUCUUCAUGCAAACCCAGAACAAAAGCGGAUCGUCAUGAACAAUCUUUUUUUGAAACUGAAACUAUACAAUAGUUUCGAACUUGAGGAGCACCAAGAUCCGGAUCUGAUCCUCAAGAAUUGGCUCGAUAGAGAUCAGGACAAUCUGCAUGAAGAAACAAUUAAUCACCAAAUGGGUGCAAAAAUUGCGAAUUAUUCAAAAUUUGUGGCGGCAAACCAAACAGAGAAUAGUGACGAUAUCAAAGGAAGUGAAAUUGACGUGAAUAUAACCUCUGAAGAUGGCCAAACGGCUCUUCACGCUGCCGUUCGGCAGGGGCAUCUUGAAAUGGUUCGAUUUCUGCUCGAAAAAGGAGCAAAUGUGAAUAAACCAGAUGAUAAAGGUUGGACACCUAAAUGCCUAGCCGAAAAGCACGCAAACAAAGGUCUAUACGAGGUCAUAAUAGAUCAUGAAGCUAAAAGUUACAAAAUACCCACAAAUGUCAGCUCGAGCAGUUGCAAAAAACCAAAUAAUGUUCAAGUAAUGCAAUCGGGAUUAAAGAAGAGGGUCACGAUUCACGUGAAGUGUCAAAAGAGAAAACACGCAGAAAAUCAGCUCCCGAAGCUCAUCAUUUUACCUGAUUCGUUAGAAGAGUUAAUCAAAAUAGCAGGUGAAAAAUUUGGAGACGGAAGUCUUACAAGGUUAGUAAACACAGAGGAUGCAGAAAUAGACGACAUAAGUGUCGUAAGAGAUGGCGAUCAUUUGUUUCUAAUGUCAUGCCCGUAUAGAAACAGAUAA